AUGGCGUUGAACAAUAGUAGCGGGGCUACAAGCCUCGCUCGCGUCUACGCCGAUGUCAACGCGAACAUGCCUCGGUCGUACUGGGACUACGACUCGGUGAACAUCUCCUGGGGCGUGCUCGAGAACUACGAGGUCGUCCGCAAGAUUGGCCGCGGAAAGUACUCGGAGGUCUUUGAGGGCAUCAACGUGGUUAACUACCAGAAAUGCGUCAUCAAGGUCCUCAAGCCUGUCAAGAAGAAGAAGAUAAAGCGUGAGAUCAAGAUCCUGCAGAAUCUGUCGGGUGGCCCCAACAUCGUCUCGCUGUUGGACGUGGUGCGCGACAACCAGAGCAAAACACCCUCGCUGAUAUUCGAAUAUGUCAACAAUACUGACUUCCGGAGUCUGUACCCCAAGUUCCAGGACUACGACGUGCGAUACUACAUCUUCGAGCUGCUCAAGGCCCUCGACUACUGCCACAGCAAAGGCAUCAUGCACCGUGAUGUCAAGCCUCAUAACGUUAUGAUCGAUCAUGAGAAGCGGAAGUUGCGCCUAAUCGACUGGGGUCUAGCGGAGUUCUACCAUGCAGGAACCGAAUACAACGUCCGUGUCGCGUCACGUUACUUCAAGGGCCCCGAGCUACUAGUCGAUUUCCAAGAGUACGACUACUCGCUUGAUAUGUGGUCGCUGGGUGCCAUGUUCGCCUCAAUGAUCUUCAGGCGGGAACCAUUCUUCCACGGCAACAGCAACUCUGACCAGCUCGUCAAGAUUGCCAAGGUGCUUGGAACGGAGGACCUGUUCGACUAUCUCGACAAGUACGACAUUGAGCUAGACGCCCAGUACGACGACAUACUUAGUCGGUAUCCCAAGAAGCCGUGGCACUCGUUCAUCAAUGCCGAGAACCAGCGCUUUGUCAGCAACGAUGCGAUUGACUUCCUCGACAAACUGCUGCGAUACGAUCACCAGGACCGACUGACUGCCCAAGAGGCCAUGCAACAUCCUUACUUUGCGCCCGUCCGACAGGCCGCGCAGCAAAACAGCACCGCGGCAUGA